AUGGUGCCCUGGGCUCUCUCAGCCCAGAAGCAACUCGAGAAGCAGCAAAGUGACUCUUUUAUUUUCCCUGCAGUGCUCAAGAAACGCCUGGUGAAGCUGGUUGUCAACUUUCUCUUCUACUUCCGUACAGACGAAGCAGAGCCCAUUGGAGCUCUGCUGCUGGAGCACUGCAGGAUCACCAAAGAGGAGGAGAAUGUCUUCUCAAUCAGUUUCAUCGAGGAGCCAGAGAGGAAAUACUGCUUUGAAUGUGCCAGUGAGGAGCAGUGUCAGGAAUGGGUCGAGGCCCUCAGGCGAGCCAGCUACGAGUUCAUGAGGAGGAGCUUGAUCUUCUACCGGAAUGAGAUCCAGAAGAUGACAGGGAAGGACCCCCUGGAGCAGUUUGGGAUCUCGGAGGAGGCCCGUUUCCAGCUGGGAACACGCAAGCAAUAA